GGUCUCGCUGCAGCCAUGCAUAUACACUGAAAAAAAACACAGUCGUUUCUGCUGUAAAGUUCGGUAGCUUUAACCGUUCUGCCACCGUAUAACGACUGUUCAGUAAGAGCAACGGUUUGCCACUGGUAAUUUUGGCGAGUCGCGACUCGUAAAAUUGAUCGCUUACGCGGGACAUCAGCAGAAACGACCGAACUGAUUCUUUAAAACUGCUGAACUCUACGUGUACGUGCUUUUUCUGUAACGGAUGGAACCUUUAUUCGUCCAUUCUGUGCUAACGAAAUGUGAAAGAUGGCGUUGUACCACCAGGAAACAUGUAGUUUCCCUUCAUACCGACUCGUCUCGUGUUUACUGCUCUUCCCGGAUUGCAAGCAUGAAGAGCAGACGGUUUUGUUAAUAAACAGUAGAUUUUUCUUAGUGUGAUAAAGAAAAAACACCUGUCAAAAAUGGCUAACAGAAUAUUCAAGCUCUUGUCCGCCGACUCUGUAAGUUUCACGCAAAUUCGUCACAAGUACAUGAGAGGAAAGCCUCCGACGAUAGCUCGAAGUUUGCAGCAGCGAAUUGAAGAAAUGGAGUACAAAGAUCCAGAAAUUCACUUCAAGGUGGAUAUCGGCUUUCCAGUCCCUAAAUUCUCCAGGACUCAAAUGACCGAAGCUUGGACUAAAGAAAUAGUUGCACGUAGGAAAGAUCCAUUGGUGGAACAGCAAGCUCGUCGCAAUCAAUUGAAUAUCGAUUUAGACAAAGCAAAGAAGGAUUGGUACAUGACAAAUGCUCCUCAUCAAAUACGUACGAUAGCCCAACAUUAUGGAAUAUAUGAUGAUUUGUAUGGAGAUGCCUAUUUUCAUCCUAUUGUACCAUUAACCAUUGAUUAUGAUUUUGGAAGUGAGGAUAAACUAGCUAGAGUGCACAGAGGAAAUCUAAUUAAGUCUUAUGAAGCCAAAAACGCUCCUAGUGUAACGUACAAAGCAGAACCAGACUCUCUGUAUACACUUCUUCUCACAACACCUGAUGGUAAUUUUUCUGAUCCUUCGUAUGAGUAUUGUCACUGGUUCAUUGGCAAUAUCCCAGGAAACGAUGUGGCCAAAGGAGAGCAACUUGUAGAUUACUUAAGGCCAAUCCCUCCAAAAGGUAUUGGAUUUUGUCGAUACAUCUUUGUCUUGUAUAAACAAGAUAAAAAAAUCGAUUUUUCAGAGUACAAAAAAGAAAUACCUUGUUUAAAACUCACAGAUCGCGAUUGGAAGACGUACGAUUUCAUUCGCAAGCACCAAGAUUACAUGACACCUGCAGGUCUUGCAUUUUUCCAGUGCGAUUACGAUAUUUCUCUCAAAGACUUUUACCAUAACGUAUUGCAAAUGGAACAGCCAACAUUCGAGUACGAUUUUCCAAAGCCUUACCUUAACCCACAAGUAUGGUUCCCUAUCAAAAAGCCUUUUAACGACUACAUGGACAAGUACAGAGAUUCAAAACAAAUCAACAAAGAGUACUUAUUAAGAAGAUUGAAGAAUGAGCACCCUUUCAAAUUCCCGGAUCCUCCGUUGAAGUAUCCAAAUGCUCAUCCAUUCAAGGGCUACUCACCAUCGUGGUUGAGAUUAGUUUGGAGGAAGGAGAGGCUCGGUAUAGGCCGAAUAAACGACCAUAAAUUGCAAAACUUUUAAUAAUUAUUGUAUGGUAAAAUAUAAAGUUGUUAAGAAAAUCA